AUGGCUGAACCUGUUGCGCAACCCAUUAACGGGACUUUGCAAAAUGGCGAGACCGAACAGGUGACGCGAGGCGCCAAUGACCGCUUCGGGCUCAUCUCUGGCCCCCUCCUCAACCUGAAGAACAUGCACUACGAUUCCGCGACUGUCUGGCAUGGCAGUGUUAUGAUUGUCACAAAGCCAAUUCAGGAGCAGCCACAGUUGCGCCUGCGCCAAGUGGGCCCUGUGGGCGAUGAAGUGCAGACCAAGGGCGAUGUCGAACAAAAGAGCCAGACAAUUGAAGGUCUCAAGCUUUACGAAGACCCCGAGAAGGCCUUCUGGCGGUUCUCGCUGGCUGUGCCGGUCGAGACCUUCGAGGCGCGCUGGACGUAUGACAUUCCCGGUCUGUACAACGAGUCAGGAGACCAAGUCAAGAAAUCGUGGAACUUUGUCAUCCCAGCUGAAGAGCAGUCGAUGCGUAUCAUGUUCCACUCGUGUAAUGGCUUCUCUGUCGGCACCGACAUGAACGCCUGGGUGGGUCCGAACCUGUGGAACGAUGUGAUGCGCGUGCACGGCGAGAAACCUUUCCACGUCAUGGUUGGCGGUGGUGACCAGAUCUAUAAUGACGGUAUCCGUGUGGAUGGACCUCUCAAGGCCUGGACUACCAUUCAUAAUCCGCACAAGAGACGGACCCACGACUUCGACAAUGAGAUGCGCGCUGCCUGCGAUGACUACUACUAUGCCAACUAUGUCCGCUGGUACAACACCGAGCCCUUCCGCACUGCCAAUGGUCAGAUUCCGCAGGUCAACAUCUGGGACGAUCAUGACAUUAUUGAUGGCUUCGGUUCUUACACCGAUCAUUUCAUGAAGUGUGCCGUUUUCCGCGGUAUUGGCGGUGUCGCAUUCAAGUACUACUGUUUGUUCCAGCACCACAUGGCUCCUCCCAAGUCUACUUUCACUACCGACUCCCCGCAGACUAUGCAUGCUGUCAAUGGAACCUCCGGUGUUGACCCGCGACAGGUGGAGAACACCUACGUGCUGGAGAAUCAGACCGAGGACGACAGCUGGAUUAUCGGCAAGCGCCCAGGUCCAUAUGUGGAGGAGCGCAGCAGAAGUUUGUACAUGCGUUUCGGUAAGCGAAUUGCCUUCAUGGGUCUGGAUGCCCGCACAGAGCGUACCCGCCACCAGGUCAACUACGACGACACAUACGACCUGAUCUUCGAUCGCCUGCAGCGAGAGAUUGUGGCAGCCGAUGGCGACAUCAAGCAUUUGGUUGUGUUGCUGGGCGUUCCGGUUGCCUACCCACGCCUUGCAUGGCUGGAGAACAUCCUCACAUCUCCGAUCAUUGCUCCAAUUCGUCUCCUGAACAAGCGCUUCGGUGUGGCCGGUGGUCUCUUCAACGAGUUCGAUGGCCAAGUCGACUUGCUCGACGAUCUGGACGACCACUACACAGCCCGCCAGCACAAGCGUGAGCGCAAGUUGCUCGUUCACCGUCUGCAGGAGCUGGCCCGCUCCCACUCCAUGCGUGUCACCAUCCUCAGUGGAGAUGUCCACCUUGCUGCAAUCGGCCGCUUCUACUCCAAUCCGAAGCUCAAUCUGGCCGGCGAGAACGAUCACCGCUUCAUUGUCAACAUUGUCAGCAGCGCCAUCACCAACAAGCCCCCUCCCAAGGCCGUCGCUAAUCUCCUCGCCCGCCGCAACAAGAUCCACCGCCUGGACCACGAUUGUGACGAAACCCUUAUGCCUUUCUUCGACAAGCAACCCGGUGGUCAGGAAAAGAGCGCCACUUGGAACAAGGUCACCAUGCCGUCGCGUAACUACGCCACACUCACCGAGGUCGUAGCCCCGGCCUCCAACGGCGAGACGCCAUUGGAAACGGCCGCGCUGGACCAUCUUCCUAAGGAUGGUCACGCACCCUUGCACAAGGGCGAGGUCGGUGCCGGUACAACUCAUCGCGCGGCCGACGGAAUCAGCUGUGACAGCGGCAUGUACGGAGGCCUCGACGUUGCCGUUCGCGUGGAAAUCGACCCUCAUGAUCGUAGCGCUGCCACCGAGGGCUAUGGAUUCAGCAUCCCUCCCCUAAUGGCAACCGAGGGACCCCCACAAGGCCACUCCCGUCUCAGCUUGCACUCGCGCAGGUCGCACCAGGGCCGCCCAUCUACGGCUCAGUAA